AAGCACUUCAUUCCUUCCAACGACACUUGACACACAAACAAGAUGGUGUCUCUAACAAUACACAGCCUUUGUCUUACAGCCGCAAUUUUUCUGACGGUCAGUGGUCAGGACCUUGUCACAUCUUCAGGCUGCCUUUACCACGGUAAGGUCUACCCGGUCGGGUCCUUCCAGGCCUCCCCAUGUGAGCCCUGCCAAUGCACGGCCUCAGGACAAGCCUACUGCGCCGUUGUGGACUGCUUUUUUGGUGGUUGUGUCGAUGCCGUCCACGAUCCUAACCAUUGCUGUCCAGUGUGUCCUAACGGUCGAAAUUGCAAGGCUCCAGAUGGAACCAUUAUUAAACAUGGCGACACCUACUCGACAGCUGAUAUGACGUGUCAUUGUUCACAUUUCGGCACUCAUGCGGAAUGCGCCUACAAACUGCAGCCUAUUCAGGUCGUCGACCAUCAAGUUAGCUAAAAUGUAGCCAGCAAUAAAUUAAUACAGAAUGGUGUUUGUCUUAUA